CCGAUAAACUUAUGGCCGCCUGCGCCUUUGACGCCACAUCGCGGAUUCUAGGCCUUUUUGCCACCCGCGGUGCUGCCGCGGCGACAAGGUUUGACUACAGCUUUCCAAGCUCUGGCUAAGCUCGCUAGCACAAUGACGAUGGCAGUCCCGCACGCGAUGAAAGACAAAAGGGCCUCGUUCGCUGAUCUAAUUGUUCGUUGCUGUUGCGAUUGUUUGUUGCUGCUGCGACCAUCACAGGCAAAAAUGAGGCCACACGCAGCUGCCGCACUGGUGCUCGCCCUGUCUCGCGGCGUGGAGAGCAGUGAGGACUUUUCGACAACAACCGGGAUCCCCCAAUGCGCUAUCAAUUGCGUGCUGCAAACACUGGCCGACCCAUGCCUCGGGUUUGACCUGAGGAACAGGACGUGCUCCUGCUUCCAUGAAGCCGAGGCGAGAACAUGGGACACCUGCCUGAGGCGGUCAUGCUCCUUUGCAGACGAGCUGACAACCACGAGGCUCUUCAAGCUCGCCUGCGACUACCCCGUCAGAAACGUGGGCCGCCAGUACACGGUCCAGCAGUACGUCCUCACGGCCGUCUCGGGCGUCGCCGUCGUCCUGCGCCUGCUGCCCAAGACGCUGCCCGGCGGUACCGCCGACCGCGUGGCGCUGGGCCUCGACGACCUGUGCGUCGGGUUGGCCUACGUCUUGCUGCUGCCCAUGAUCUACGUCGCCGCGACCUUGAUGGUCGACGUCGGGCUCGGCCGCGACGUCUGGAUGCUCAACGUGGAGCAGAUCCGCCUUUGCUACUAUUACUUUUACCUCGUCGAGCCGCUGUACUUUGUCAUUGCCGCCCUGGUCCGCGUGGCUUUUCUGUUGUUUUUCCUCCGCGCGUUCGCGACGGCAGGGGCGCAGUCUAAGGUCUUUAAGCGCUGGGGGUUCAGGGCAACCAUCAAGACCACCAUCGCGCUCAACCUUUUGGGCGCCGUGGCAUUCAGCUUUGCGGCCGUGUUCCAGUGCUGGCCCAUCAGUUACUUCUGGGACGGCUUCGAUAGGGAGCAUGCCGGCAGCUGCAUGAACAACGGCGUCAUGAUGUUGCUCAACUCCCUGCUCGGCAUCGCCAUGGACUCGUGGAUUUUGUAUUUGCCAUUGUCGCAGAUCACGCUCCUCACCAUGUCGCGGCCGAGGAAGCUGCAGCUGGCGUGCAUGUUCUCGCUGGGAUUCAUCGUCACUAUCAUCGGCAUCUUGCGCAUUCAAGCAUUCGACGCCCUCAAGGACUCGGGAAACCCGACGUGGUCCUCGUAUCCUCUAGUGGCAUGGUCCACGCUGGAGAUACACGCCGGCAUCAUAUGCGCGUGCAUCCCGGGGCUGCGCGUCUUUUUCGUGCGAACCGUGCCCGAGAACUUUGGACGCCUGCGCGACUGGCGCGCAUCGCCUGCCCAUGGCCAGGAGACGGGCACUCUGUCUACCCGCGGGACCAGGAUAGAGGACGAAGGCACGGCGGGUGCUAGGGAGAUGCAUGCCCCUAUCGAGGCGGACCCGCCUCUGUUCAGGCCGUCAUGGAAAAGCUAA